AUGACCGAAGAAUUGCCCUUCAUCCACGACGUGGUCAUCAUCGGCGCCGGCCCCUGCGGCCUCGCCGUCGCGGCCCGACUCCGCGAACACACCCCCUCGGCCCUCUUCACCGAAGCCGAGCACAACCGCUACCACUGGAUCAACAAGCACACGGCCUCCGCCAGCAUCAAAAACUCCCGCAACGGCGCCAUCCGGCCGGGAUCCGGGGGGUUCACGGAUGCAUCAUCAUCAUCUUCAUCAUCCCCCUCCAUGCUGGUGCUCGAUAGUUCCGGCAAGGAGUGGCUGGCGAAAUGGAAGACGCUCUUCGCUCGCUUGGAGAUCACGCAUCUCCGUAGUCCCAUGUUCUUCCAUCCGGACCCCCAGGAUCGAGAUGGGCUCCUGGCGUACGCGCACUCCCAAGGGCGAGAGGGGGAUUGCGUGGAGAUCGUCGGCUGUGUGGGGAAGGAGAUCAGCAAGCACCAGAUCAAGAAGAAGAGGAAGCUGAGGAAGGCGGCCAACGAGCAAGCGAAGCCGCCCGUCGCCAUCGACGAGCGAGAUCGAAAGGAUUACUUCACCCCGCCGAGCGAUCUCUUCCAAGGCUACUGCGAAUCCAUCGCCAAGCGCUACCGGCUCCAAGACGAAUCCCUCAUCCAACAAGCGGCCGUCUCCAAGCUCGACUACGACCUCGUCCCGCAACUCUCCCCCUUCGAGAAAUUCUUCACCAUCCAGAGCGACGCGGGGACCUUCUACGCCCGCAGCGUCGUCCUUGCCGUCGGCGCCGGCAAUGCCCCCAGCAUCCCCAAGCCCUUCCCACAGGCCCCGAACCCAUACUCCUGCCACGCCUUCUCCGGCCAGGACGGCACGCUCUUCGCGCGGCUCAAGGCGCGCGGCCAAGCGACCAACGUCCUCGUGAUAGGCGGCGGCCUCACGAGCGCACAGAUCGCCGAUCGCGCCCUCCGCCGCGCCGGGCCCAACGUGAAGAUCCACCACGUGAUGCGCGGCCCGCUGAAGGUGAAGCCCUUCGACGUCGACCUCAGCUGGAUGGGCAAGUUCCAGAACCACGAGAAGGCCAGCUUCUGGUCGGCGGACACGGACGACGAGCGCUGCGACCUGGUCAACGCGGCGCGCGGCGGCGGCAGCGUCACGCCCCGGUACGCGCGCGUCCUGCAGGCGCACAUCGCGGCGGGGCGGCUCGCGCUGCACACGCACACCGUCGUGACGGGCGCGGAACUAGACGCCGAGAAGGGCGCGUGGAGGAUCGCGACGGAGCCGGAGCGGCCGGACUGGCCGGCGUGCUUCCAUUUCGUGUAUUUCGCGACGGGCGUGGCGAGCGACGUCUCGACGCUGCCCUUCCUCCGGGAUAUCAACGAGAAGUACCCCGUCCCGACAUACGCGGGCCUACCGGCGCUGAACCACGAUCUGAUGUGGGACGACGACGUCCCGCUGUUCGUGACGGGCCGGUUCGCGGCGUUGCGGCUGGGGCCCGGCGCCGGCAACCUGGAGGGGGCGAGGCUCGGCGCUGAGAGGGUCGCUUGGGCGGUCCCGGGGGUGCUGAGGAGGAGCGCUGAUGGUGCUCUCGCGGGCGGGCGGGGGAAGAGGGGUUCGCUGGGGGCGGACGGCGACGAUGAUGGGUAUCGGUAUCGGGUGGGCAUCGGGAGCCGCUUUCAGGCUUUGGCGGCGGUCGAGGCGUGA